CGCUCGCGCCAUCCCCUCCCCUCCACGCCACGCCAGCGCAUCGAUGGUGCAAACGCACUCCUCUCCCUCCACGAUACCCCUCCCAUUCCCCCUCCUCUGCCCCGCCUACUUCCUUCGCUACCCAAACCCCUUUGCCCAACACGUCAUAAGCGUCGAUGUACUGGAUCGCCUGAUUAUUCAGCGUGACCCCACCCAGCCGCCCACUUUGCUCACUUCGCGGCUCCUCCUCAAAAAGGGGACUCUACCACGCUGGGCUCCGAGGGGGCUGAUUAAGAGUGCGGAGAGUUGGGUGCUGGAGGUUAGUGAGGUUGAGUUGGAGGGAUUCCAGAGAGGGGAGGGGAGCGCGAGUGCGAGUGGGACGACGACGGGGGCAGUGGAGAGGGGAAGACAGAUGCGCACUUGGACGCACAAUCUGGACCACACGACGGUGCUCGCUGUUGCGGAGGGGUUAACUUUCACUGAGCAGCUUGCGUCGUCGCCGCCUCGUCCGCCAGCGCGAAAGGGCAGCGAUGUCACGAGCGACGUCAAGGGCAAGGGGAGGGCGGUGGACGAGGAAACUCAAACACACUGUCUCACGACGGCGCACAUCACUUCGGACGUGAGCGUGAUAUGGAAACGGAUAGAGAAGUUUGGCCUGAAGCGAUUCAUGGCGCAUAUGGAUACGUCGCGCCAAGGUCUCCUCUACGCCGCCUCCCAUCUCUCCUCCCCUUCCUCCUCCUCCUCCACCACCACCUCCCCACCCCAUCCCACCACUCCCUACAAGUUGCGCGAAUCUCUCCGUCCCCCCUGGCUAGACGGGCUUCCCCUCUCCCCUAUGGCCAAGCUCCGCCAAUUCGCAGACAGGACGGCGCAGCGCUAUCGGACGGUCAAGGAGGAGGGGCUCUGGGGCUAUACGGGGAGGAGGGAGCGCGAGGACGGGAUGAAGCGCUGGCGCGAUGAGUUGCGUGAGCGUUUAGUGAGGUUGAGGGAAUGGCGAAGACCCACGUUACCUACGGCAGGGGCAGGGGCACAGCAGGAGCAAAUCGUGCGUGAUCGCGGCGAGAACGACAAGAGGACAGACGCACGAUCCCCCUCUGGCUCUAGCACGCCGGUCGAGACUGAGGUAGAGCCGCGAGAGGAGGAGAGCAUCGAAGUGCAUCGUGAGCGGUUGGCACGGAUGUUGCACGAGAGGGCGACGGGUGGGUGA